AUGGCCACCAUUCCGGACAACAACUUGCAUCCCUAUUAUCCACGAACAGCAGAGAUUCCUGGUUACAUUCCCAAUGCGUUACCAAUGCCACUGUUGUUGGGUGCGGUCUUGAUCGCCAUGGGAACCAUUGUCAAAGCAUCGUUCUUUGCGGCACGCUUCAAAUCCAAAAGCCUUCAAGAGUCCUUACGCUUUACAUGGUUCACGCUGUGCACAACGUUGCACUGUGGUUUUGAAGCCUAUUGGAUCUAUCAUCAUCGAUCUAUCGCAAGUCGCACGGAUUUCUUUGCUGAGCUCUGGAAGGAAUAUGCACAUGGAGACUCAAGAUACCUUACUCAUGAUGAAUUACUACUUGCCCUCGAGACGAUCACAGUGUGUAUAUGGGGUCCACUUUGUUUCAUGGCAGCUCGUGCGAUAUGGAAGCAAUCACCACAACAGUAUCUAUGGCAAUUAAUGGCAUCCAUGGCUCAUUUGUUCAGCACAGUACUCUACUUUGUGAUGGAUUGGCCACAAGGAUUUCCAAACUGUGAUCCUCAUCCAUUAUACUUUUGGAUCUACUUUGUCGCCUUCAAUUCCCCCUGGUUGAUUGUUCCUGCAUUACUAUUCAAACAAAGCCUUCAUGCCAUCUCCUCUGCUCUACAUGCAUCAUACCCCAAAGCUCAAAAAGAGGAAUGA